AAACAGGCACAGGCUGCUUCAUCAGCGUGUCGUGGAGGACAUUAAAGUAAUUAUUGUUGUUAUAAUAAUGUUUUUUGCACCAUGAGUCAUCUUUUAGGAGCUCAGGACUGCGUGGAGAGUCUGCGCAGAGAUGUGAUAGACUUACAGGGAGCGCUCGUGGAGGUGUUCUCGCGCACCGGACCGGUCCGUUUCCGGUCGUGGAAGUUCCCGGAUAAGGAGUCGUGUGAUUUGGACCUGGUGCUGCUGCUGGAGCAGUACGACUACAGGGAGGGAGAGGAGGAGUUUAACCAGCACUCACACACCGUGCUGCUAGAGCUGGUGAUUGACAGACUGUUGCUCCUGCUGCAGAGUUUUAACGCCUACACUGAGCAGAUGUUAGGAGGACAGAGAGCAGGGGAUUGUGGGAAGGCCGGCGGGUCGGUGUGUGUCGGUCCGGUGGUGAAACGCUACUGGAACAAUUUAAUCCACUUCAGCAGCCAGCAGAGACGACAGAGAACGAGCAGCGCGUCCAGGAUGGAAACGUCCUCCAGCAGCAGCAGCACACACCCUGACCCGCGGAUCUCCAGCUCCACGUCCCAGCGCUCGGCUCCGUCCUCAUCCCCGUCCUGCAGCCUCCACACUUCCCCUACGCCCUCGGCGAGGUGUCGCAGCGUGAGCUGUCAGACGGUGGAGUCGGCGCUGGUGCCGUGUGACGCCUGCGCUGGAGUCCAGGCCACGCUGCAGGACAGCGCUCGCGCCGUGGCGUCUCUGUGCCAGGCUCUGGGCCUCUCCUGCUCGCUCUGGAGCUUCCUGCAGGCCGUGGAGGAAACGCUGCAGCUCGGACGCCUCUCCGCCUGCGACCUGGCGCUGUGGGCCCGCGAGCAGCAGAGGGAUCUGGGACGCAUCCAGAAACACGUCACUCACGUUCAGGAGAAGGUGGAGUCACUCACACACUCACUGCAGAAAGCAGAAGAGGAGAGAGACGAGCUCCGAGCACAGCUGCAGAGAGAGAAGGAGACGAACAGGAGAGAGAGAGAGGAGAGGAGGAGGAGAGAGGAGGAGUGGGAGAGAACGCUGCAGGAGGAGAAGCACAGACGAGACGAGGAGCUGAGAACACAGCAGGAGGCGCAGGAGGAGCUGAGACGAGGAGCUGCAGCUUUAGAAGUGAAAAUCUCUGAACUGAAAGGAGAAUCGGAGCUGCAGAGAGAAACACAGCAGUGUCUCGAGCGUGAGAGGGAUUCCCUGGUGGAUGAAGUGCACAGGCUUCGUCUGGAGGAAGUGAGAUGGAAGGAGAUGGAGGAGAAGAAGAGAAAUCUGGAGAUGGAGCUCAGUGACACACAGAAACUUCUGGAUAAGGAGAGCGCUAAAUAUCACAGCGCUCAGCGCCAGCAUGAGGCGAUGGCGGUGAAGCAGCGCGCCCUGCUGGAGCGUGUAGACGCGCUGGUGCAGCAGUGUGAGGAGCUGCAGUCUCGUCUGGAGGAGUGUGAGGAUGAGAAAACCGAGCUCACUGACACACUCACACACACCACACAGGAGAGAAACACACUGCAGGAACAACUCACACAGCAGAAGUCGGAGCUCCUGUCUCUGAAUGAGGACAGAGAGAAGCAGUGUGUGCGGCUCCGGGAGCUGGAGGAGUGUGUGUCCGGGCUGACUGAAGAUUUACAGCAGGCUGAGGAGAGAGAGAGGAUCCUGGUGGCUUUUCCUGAACUUAAUCCCCAACACACUACACCACAGAGUACAGGUGAUGUGCUGUGUGAUAUGGAGCAGCAGCUGAAGGCGAACUCGAUGAGGAUCAGGGUUCUCGAGCAGGAGAACGCGUCUCUGACUAACAGCUUGGCCAAACUGAAACACACUCCGACCUUCACACUCCGUCACCAGAGUGCAGGAGAUCAGACACCAUGUCCAGACUCGGAAAGCUUAGAAGCAGAGAGGAGAGAAGGAGCAAAAGAAACGCAGAUCACAUCUUCUGCUGCUUCUUCUUCUUCCUCUGCUCUUCAUCAUCAGACGCUCUGUCUCUCUGUCGUUCCAGACGCAGGGGAAACGUACAGGAAACUGCGCCAAGCUGCACGGGCACGCUCCGCUGGGAGGAACCGCAGGAGGAAGUGAUGUCAUCACCUGACACUCACACGCAUACAUGUCAAUAAAGCAAAUAUUUUUAAAAUGCUGUAAUACACACAACUCUUUGUAUCUUCUAAUGCUGUGCUAAACAAAAUAAUGAAGGAAAAAAGACAGAAUCUCUAUUUAGAAGCUGAUUUUUUUUUUGCACUAGUGCUGUAGUGAAUGGUUUGUUCUUCAUACAAAUAAAUAAGCAUCUAACUCACUCUCCAUCUCA